GUGAGUUCCACUUCCACCGCUUCUGCUGCCCUUCGCCCUGCGCCCCUGCCUCAUGUUCCGCGAUUCCCUUUGCACACCCUCCCGCUGCUAAAUCCGUGUGCUGGGUUCCAGAUUGCAGGAGCUUGCCUUGUAGCGUCGCGUUAUGCUGGUUGCAGCGAGUGACUAAGCAGAGAUCCGUUCGGCCCAUUCACUCCACCACUGCUCCACACAGCGAGUGACAAGGCAUGUCGCGAGGGGUCAGCUCUGGCCGCCGCACGUGCUUGGAGCUGGAGCGGAUAAUCCUAAAUCGGCACCGCUCCGGAAGCCUCGGCCGAGAGGACGCGCUCAACCUGUUCGAUGAAUUGCUUCCUCAGGCCAGACCGGCAUCGGUGCACGCCUUCAAUAGUGUCCUCACCGUCGUCGCUCGCGCCGACUCCUCGUCGUCACCACGUCACAGCGCUGCGCUCGCCGUGUCCCUUUUCAAUACCAUGGUCCGGUCCGGCGUCAAUAUGAUGGCCGCCAUCAUAGGCAUCCUCAUCCGUUGCUUCUGCACUGUUGGCCGCUUGGACCUCGCCUUCGCUGCCUUUGCCCUGUUCCUCAAGACGGGAUGGAGGGUGCAGAACGUGACCCUCAACCAGCUAAUCAAGGGUCUCUGUGAUGGCAACAGGACUGAUGACGCAAUGGAUAUGGUGUUCAGAAGAAUGCCGGAGCUUGGCUAUACACCUGAUGUUUUCUCCUACAAUGCUCUUAUCAAAGGGCUCUGCGUCGAGAAAAAGAGUCAAGAGGCUCUUGAGCUGCUGAUUCACAUGACGGCCGAUGGCGGAUACAACUGUUCUCCCAAUGUGGUGUCGUAUAACACAGUCAUUGAUGGCUUCUUUAAAGAAGGUGAAGUCGACAAAGCUUACUUCCUGUUUCAUGAAAUGAUGGGCCAGGGGCUUCCACCUGAUGUUGUGACAUACAACUCACUCAUUGAUGGCCUGUGCAAGGCUCAAGCAAUGGACAAGGCUGUAGCAAUCCUACAACAUAUGUUUGAUAAAGGUGUUAUGCCGGAUACUAGGACAUAUAAUAUCAUGAUCCGUGGAUAUUGCUCUUUAGGACAGUUGGAAGAGGCAGUGAGACUGCUCAAAAAGAUGUCUGGUAGUGGUCUUCAACCGGAUGUUGUCACUUACAGUCUUCUGAUACAGUAUUAUUGCAAGAUUGGAAGAUGCGCAGAAGCUAGGAGUGUCUUUGAUUCAAUGGUUCGGAAGGGUCAAAAACCCAAUUCUACUAUCUAUCACAUCUUGCUUCAUGGGUACGCCACGAAAGGAGCUCUUAUUGAUGUGCGUGAUCUCCUUGAUUUGAUGAUUCGAGACGGUAUUCCGUUUGAACAUCGUGCCUUCAACAUCUUGAUUUGUGCAUACGCUAAACAUGGAGCAGUGGAUAAGGCAAUGACUGCAUUUACAGAAAUGCGACAGAAUGGUUUGAGGCCAGAUGUAGUCAGCUACAGCACGGUAAUUCACAUUCUUUGCAAGACCGGCAGAGUGGAGGAUGCUGUGUACCAUUUCAAUCAGAUGGUCAGUGAAGGGUUGUCUCCUAACAUCAUAAGUUUUACCUCACUAAUACAUGGUCUAUGUUCCAUUGGUGAAUGGAAGAAGGUUGAGGAACUGGCUUUUGAAAUGAUCAAUAGGGGCAUCCACCCUGAUGCCAUAUUCAUGAACACAAUAAUGGACAACCUAUGCAAGGAAGGAAGGGUUGUGGAAGCACAAGAUUUCUUUGAUAUGGUUAUACACAUUGGUGUGAAACCAGAUGUUGUUUCAUAUAAUACACUGAUAGAUGGAUAUUGCUUCGUUGGGAAGAUGGAUGAAUCGAUUAAGCAACUUGAUCGUAUGGUCUCCAUUGGCUUGAGACCUGACAGUUGGACCUAUAAUUCUCUGCUUAAUGGCUACUUUAAGAAUGGAAGGGUUGAAGAUGCAUUAGCUCUUUACAGAGAAAUGUUCAGGAAGGAUGUAAAAUUUUGUGCUAUUACAUCUAACAUAAUGCUGCAUGGGUUAUUUCAGGCUGGAAGGAUUGUUGCUGCAAGGGAAUUAUACAUGAAAAUGGUUGACAGAGGAACACAGUUGAGAAUCGAAACAUACAACACAGUUCUUGGAGGACUCUGUGAAAAUAGUUGUGUUGAUGAAGCGCUGAGAAUGUUUGAGGACUUGCGUUCAAAAGAAUUUGAGCUUGAUGUUCGGACUUUCAGUAUAGUGAUUAAUGCAUUGCUGAAAGUUGGUAGGAUUGAUGAAGCAAAGAGCCUGUUUUCAGCUAUGGUGCUCCGUGGUCCAGUGCCUGAUGUGAUAACCUACAGCUUAAUGAUCAAAAGUCAUAUAGAAGAAGGUUUGUUAGAGGAGUCUGAUAAUCUUUUUCUAUCUAUGGAGAAGAAUGGCUGUGCUGCCGACUCACACAUGCUAAACAUCAUAGUUAGAAGACUACUUGAAAAAGGAGAUGUGAGAAGGGCUGGAACCUACCUUACCAAAAUUGAUGAGAAGAACUUCUCCCUUGAAGCUUCCACCGCUGCAUUGCUGAUUCCUAUUGUUUCAGAGAAGAAGUACCAGAAAGAAGUAAAGUUUCUUCCUGAAAAAUACCACUCUUUCAUGCAACCUAGGGAUGAUUGAGACCUUUCCCGGUUUUUCUGUGCUGGACAUUAGAGAUUGCUAACUAGACUUAUUUCAGAAGAUCAAUUUGAAAACAUGAAAUCUUCUGCAUAACUUGGGCACAAAUGAAGUGGAGAGUUACCUGGCCUUGAAGGAUUUUCUUGUUUCUAGAGAUUGUCUUUCAUAUUUAAUAACCACGCUUGCAUUUACUCUGUGCCUAUCAAAUACCGUGUGCAGGCUUGUGUGGGUAGUGUUUACCCAAUAGCAUCCCUAUCGGCUAUCGUGAUUGAUGGAAAUUCUGAAACUCCAUUAUGCCUUCUACUUUUUUGCGUCUUCACAUAAAUCUCGAGACACCUGGUUUUGUGUUUUCUCUGAUCCCCACCUGGCCUCUCUUUUUCCUUCUGCAUGUUUUUUAGUCUCAUAAAGUUCCUUUCAUUUAUAGAUUUGAUAUAAACUGCCUUAGCUCUCACUGGAAUUUGUUAGACACAUAUAUAUAGCCUGAAAUUCUCCACGCCAUGAGUUUGACUACCAGGUUACAAGAAACUCCUUCACAUGCUCGCAUAUAACGGUCCUCAUUUAGGAAUCUAGCGUUCCUAUAGCACAAGUAUGCCUCUUACCAACUUUUAUUGCUAUAUACUCCCUCCCCUCCGUUUGUUUUAUCUGACGUCUGCUAGUACAAAGUUGAACUACAUGGCGACAAAUAAAAAAACGGAGGUAGUAUAUGUGAGUGUGACCACCCUACAGAUUGGUUGCGAAAUGCCCGCAGACAUAUUUUUGAAAUGGAAAGCUCAACCCCCGCCAGCAUGUCUUAUUGUGUGUUGCUGCUCCUCGAUUAAUUUCCUUGCUAGAAUUUAUCUGUUAGGUCGUAAAUAAGUUUCUUUAGAAUUAUGGUAAAAUUUCAUUAUUGAGGUUACCAAAAUUGAUGAGAAGAACUUCUCCCUUGAAGCUUCCACCGCUUAUGGAGCCAACAUGUCUUAUUGUUAUGGAGCCAAAAUUGUGCCAAUGCAACAUGUCUUAUUUUGAAAUGGAAAGUUGUGCCACCAGGUUAUGAAGCCAACAUGUCUUAUUGUUGCUUACCAACUAACCGUGAUAGCUUUUCUGGCACAAUAUAGCAAUGCGGGGCAUCAGACUCAAGAAAUCAGUAUUGAGGUCAGCAGAUCAGCAUCUCUUGAUUGGUUAGGAAACCUAUUAAUAUCUUGUCUUGUAAACAGGUUUGCAGCACUGCACAGACAGAGGAGCCCAAAUCAUCAUCCGCUGCAGUUUGCAGUUUCAUCAGUUGAUCAAUCUUCAAGCUCAUGCUAGGUCCGUGCCUGUGCGUUGCCACGGGAGUAAAAAAAUUAGUAUGAAACAUAUAUAUGAAACAAUAAACAUCAUCAUGAUAUAUAAAAUCCGUGUAAUAAAAUAUCAUCGUAAUGUUAAUAUUGAUGAUAUUAUUAUUGCUACAUGGAAUAGAUAUUGAAACAUGUUCCAAAUCACAAACAAAAUCAAUGGAGAAGAGUCUUGGACAACCAAGUCCAUUUCAAAAAGAUACAACUGCUGUCGACUGUCGACGGCAACACAGAGUGAAAUAAACUACGACAUCAUUAUAGCAGUAGUAAUAUACGGUGUUGCUUAGCGUAGAUUGAUACAGUUGGAGUAGGGCUUGGGAGGCGGCGUGUGUCAGUCACUCACCUCAACCAAUUGGCAGCUAGACCUGACAUAAUUGUAUAGUGUAACUAUAGAAAAUCACCUGACAGGGGUAUAAAUUUGGUUGUGCAUUAAUUUUCUAAAUGACACCAUGUUACCUCAAACCAAUAAAAGAAGUUUCAUAAAUCACAAAAUAAAAUCAAUACACAAACCAAAGAAGAUUAGAUAUGUUCACAGAACAAAUAAAAAAUACCUUUAUCGAUGCACCACUCAGACUGCUUCAUUAGCUCCCCAACAAAAAACACAGUGGAGGUUAUGCCAACACCACUUGUGUCAUCCUAUGCCAAAGUUGUCCUCGCAAUCAUGAUUGCAUUUGGGUUUUGAAUUUGCUGCAGAUAAAUGACACAAGACAUAAAAAAAGAAAAGCACCACCAAAUACAUAUAUCAUGGGAACAUAUCGAAUGCAAACCACGUUUUGGUGCAAAUCACGUGCAAACCUACUAAAAAAGUUUCAAAAAAUUCUAAAAACAUGAAUGUAAAUCUCAGCUUACCUCAUCUAUAUACAAAAUUUCAUGGUCAAAUUCAUCUUACUCCAGCUGUUAGAAAAAAGACAAAAUUUCUGAGAGACAGUAAUAGUUCAAAUGCACCGAAAUUUGUAGACAAGUUACCAAUCUAUCGUUAUGUACUUAUGUUACACACAUUAAUAUAUUAUUAUUAUCAAAUAUUUGUUGUUCAUUGAUGAGACUAUGUAUGAUACAGACAUUGAUUUCGUUUUAUCUUUCUGAUUUUCAACGUUUACCGAUGCAUUUCCUUUCAAAUUAGUUCGUUUUCGCCAUCUACACACCCCGUGUUCGAUUCUGUUUUCAACAAUUCUUACCCUGAAUCCGUUUUUGAAUUAAAAUGUUAAAAUGAAAAUGAGAAAUGUUUAUCUUGAUCAAUUGGCCCGUUUACCUCCCUAGUGUCAGCCAAACAGGCAACCUAGAAUGAAAGGAGGAGAGCAUGGAGGAGAGAUGUAUCUGCCUCAACAUUUCUGCAGGAAUAAGGUCGUAGUUGGCGUGGUGGCGGCGAAUGUGUUUUAACAUGAAGGAUGACCACCAGAGCUAGCACCUCAACAUGUUCGGCAGGAAUAAGGUCACGACUGGCACGAUGUCUGUUUGGUGGCGGAUGGGUUUCAAUGUGGAGAUAUGCCUUCUUCUUGCUUGCACACACACACACGCCAACCUUUUUAUCCCUUGCACAUAAUGCGUUUGGGGGUAAAAAACUGGAGAUGCCAUCCUUAUCCACAACGAGGCGAGAGAGGGGAUGGGAUGCUAUGAUGGCGUCGUGAGAGGCGGGCAGAGGAUGCAGUCUCGAGGUCAUGGCUGGCGCAGAGGCGGCCGAUGAGUUUCAGUGUGGAGGAUGCGGAAGCGUCUUGGGGGCGAAUGGGUUUGAGCGCGGACAAUGCGGUGCCGAGCUCACGACUGGUGCAGAGAUGAAAGCGCGGAGAAUGUGGUGCGCUCCCAAAGUCACGGUGGGCGAGGAGGCGGCCACGCGGAUGGUUUCAUCUACGCGUGUGACACUUGAAAGUGGGAACUCGUGUUUUAAAGGAGUAGAGAAGAAGAGAAGAGAAAAGAUAUGCAUGCCACUUUCAUAAAAUAUUUAGUAAGCCCUUGUUCGGUUAUUUUAAUUUAAUAUGGAUCAGAGUGUAUUGAAAUGGAUUGGGAUAAAUUUUGACUUGCUAUGAAUUCAAACGACUCAAUAUCAUCCAAUCCAUAUGGAUUAACGGUGAAACGAACAAGCCAAUGGCCGAGGUUGCUAAGGCUGUAUUUGGUGGAUCGUGUAAAAUGGAUGAUAUCAAACUGUUGAUGACACUUUUUGCUGAGUGAAGUCUAAAAUAAGGGAUGUGAUAGAUGAUAUGAUACAAAAUCUGUUAGAGAUGGCAUAAGAAUCCAAAUUUGAAAACCACACGGUUUCAAAAAAUAUAAAAAAACACUUGAAAACACUAAAUCAACUCUCAAUAAUCUGAAAUUCGAAUUUCCCGCCAUAACUCCAAUGGAGUUCAUCUCAAAAAGAUACCCAAACGCCCAGCCCAUCUUCAGGUGACUAAACGGCAAUCUCUUCUCCCGUCUGCCCCGCGCUCUCCUCUCUCUCUUUCUCUCGUGGCGCAACUGGGUGGCCGCCGCCCUACGCCAGGUGCCUUUGCCGGUCUUCGUCAGGCCGGUUGUCGGCGACGAGCACCCACCAGGUAUGCGCUACGCAGUGGGCAUCCCUUCUCGUCCCUUCUUGUUGUGCGAGUGCGAAGCCGAGUACCACGAACCCUAAUUCAAUACAGAUUGCGGUAUUUCUACUCGGAUCUGAUAUAAUUGCAAGUUUAUAUAUGUAUUCUGCAUACUGACUUCGUUUUUUUUUGCGACAAGAGCUAUUGGUUGAACAUGUGUACACACCAAUGUCGCCAUGGAAAGGGCGGCUGCGCUCUCACCACGCGACCCCUCAAAGUUUUCCCAAGAGGAGGCCCCCUUCCCAGACCAAGAACCCGGAGGAGAAAGAGGAGCUCCAAACAUGUAAGAAGCAUACUGCCCGCAAGAAGACCGCGAGAGGUCGCCACGCUGGAGCUGCUGCACAGCAGCCCAGGGCUCUCUUACGCGGGUCGUCGCGGCUCGCUGGAAGAGACCAUGAGCAUCCAAUUAUGAUAGACGAUGAUGUAAACGAGGAAUGUAAAUCUAGGGCUGAUAAUCAGCAAUUACACCUCUCCGCAGGUCCCCACGAUUCCAUCUGGAAGAUAAAAGUUUGAGCAAGUCACUGUUGCCACCAAAUCGCUGUGAGACCUAUCCUAACAGAAAGACUAAAAAUGCUUAUAGGAAAGACAAAAAUCAAGAGAGCCUGAAAGGGAAUAGGGAAAGUGCUGGAUUUCCUCCUAGGAAAGAUAUUUCAGAUUUAUCUAACAAAAAGAGUGACAAGCAAGAGUUAAAGCCCAACCAUUAAAGUGCAAACAGGAAAGAGGAAGAGAGGAACAGAAAGGAGGUUGUUAUCGAAGAAGCAAAGUUGCCAGGACCCUGGACCAUUCUCUGCGUAUCACCAAGAAAUUGCAUCUUGCAAUGAAUCCAGAAAAUCCACCCACAGAAGGAUUGAAAAUGACCCUUCUACCGAGGUGAAGCUUAAAGUUGGUGAUGUGAGAUUGGCAAACAUUGAUGAAAACAUCAACAAGCCCAGUGGGACUGAGAGAGAAGGAAUAGAAUUUUUUUGUGGUCCUGAUGAUGGGACAAAAGAGCAGGACAUGGCAUUGCGCAAAGCUUACUUCAGUGCCCGACCAUCCCCACAUUUCUGGAAGAGGGUUUCAAAAAUGGUGCCAGGGAGAUCUGCUGAAGAUUGCUUCAACAGAAUUUAUACUGACCUCUCAACACCGACUCCAAUUGCCCCACGUCCCAGAGCAAGUAAAACAACAUUUUAUCCUAUAGGAAAUCUCACAUUGUCUGAUCCAAAACCUCCAAAUAUCUUGGAACCUACAGUUGGAAUGCGAAAGUCCGCUAAACAGAAGAGUCUAGUAGCACAGAAGACAGUGAGGCAUUUGUUGCAGAAACAUUGCCGCAUUGACCAAGCUCAAGAGGCUGACCACUUCUCAGUUUUUGAAGCUCACCAAGUGCCUUACAAUUGAACUUAUCUUUUGACAAUUCUCCUGGGACUCCUGACAGUUAUAUGAAUUCAGAUUCUCUAGGCAAGCACAGUGGAAGGUCUUCAGCACGAAAGAAACCAUUUUCAAGGUUAAGAACUAAAUCAUCUGAUCCCAGCCCAGGAGUUCUAAAGCCUAUAAAGAAUGUUAUCCUACAUGAGAGGUACAUUGAUAAAUUGGCACGUAGAGAAGGAGCAAAAAGGCCUCGCAGAAGGGCUCCAGCUGGCUCUAAAGCUGCUGAUUCUGGGAAGUCUCUUUCUGAGCAGCAAGCUGGUAGUCUGAAGGCUGCUAAAAAUGCUCUCAUCUCAGAAGCAACCGACUUCAUAAGCAGUUUUAAGACGCUGCAAGCCAAUUCGCUUGCGCAUGCUGUGGAGAAUAGUGAAGACGAGAUUGAAUGUGAUGCCAGUAAUUGUAGCCAUGAUGAUAAAGAAUAAGAAUGUCCUUAUAGUCUUGAUUCCCAGCGGCCCUUAGCAAUCAUCUCCUAUUUGUCAACUGACGUUAGUCAUCACUUAUCAGUUGUCAGCUGACGUUAGUCAGCACUUAUCAGCUGCAAUAAGGCUAGGCAGUUGUCAGGGCAGUGUAUUCUGCCUAAUAUGAUGUAUCUAGUUUUGUUCCUCUUAGUGCAUCAGAUAUGUUAGUUAGUUGUGAAA